AUGUCAAGUGAGGAUCAACAAUUUAAUGUUCAAGGUUAUAAUAUUGUUACUAUUCUUAAAAGAUUAGAGGCUGCUACUUCAAGAUUAGAAGAUGUUACUGUAUUUCAAGAAGAAGCAAAUAAAAAGAAGUCAAUUGAUGGUGAACCUAAAACUAUUGAGAAUGCUAUUGCAACAUUUCAAUCAGAGUCUCCAAAAGAAACAGAACUACCAAAAUUUAUCAAUGCUUUUGAAAAAUUAAUCUCAGAUUUUGUUGCUCCUUUUAUCACAAUUUCAAAUUCAAUUGAUCCAAUUGUUGGUGAAUCUGCUCAAUUAUUAGGUGAUGCAUUUAAUGAACAAUUAAAAUUUCUUAAAAUUGUUGCAUUGACUCAGAAACCAAAAAUGGAAGAUCCAGAAUUUCAAAAAUUAUUAAGCCCAUUAAAUGAAAUUUUAACAAAAAUUAGUAAUUUAAAAGAUGAUAGUAGAAAAUCACAAUUUUUCAGUCAUUUAAAUACCUUAAGUGAAUCUACUAGUGUAUUUUAUUGGAUUGGUGUUCCCACUCCUGUUUCAUAUAUUUCAGAUAUUAAAGAUUCUGCUAAAUUUUGGUCGGAUAGAGUUUUAAAAGAAUUUAAAGAUAAAGAUAAGAUUAAUAUUGAUUGGGUAAAUCAAAUUCUGAAAUUAUUUGAUGAAUUAAAGGCAUAUGUAAAAGAAUAUCAUGCUACUGGACCAUCAUGGAAUGUAAAAGGUAAAACAUUAAAUGAUUUGGGUGGUGAUUCCAUUCCAGCACCUCCUCCACCUCCACCACCAUCAUUCUUUGAAGAAAAAGCUGAGGUAUCCGAAUCUAAAGGUAUGAAUGCUGUUUUUGAACAAUUAAAUCAAGGUUCAAAUAUAACUUCUGGUCUUAAAAAAGUUGAUAAAUCAGAAAUGACUCAUAAAAAUCCAGAUUUAAGAAAACAACCACCAAAAAAACCAUUACCACCAAAGAAACCAACAAGUUUAAGUAAAACUCAAACUAAAAAAGAACCAAAGAAAGAUUUAAUUGAUGGUACAAAAUGGAAUAUACAACAUUUUUCAAAACAUGAUACAAAUGGUGAACCAAUGAUAAUUGAUGUUGAAAUGCAUCAAUCUGUAUUCAUUGGUAAUUGUAAUGAUGUUACAAUUCAAUUAAAAGGUAAAGCAAAUGCUGUUUCAAUUUUAGAGUGUAACAAAAUUGCUUUUGUUGUUGGUUCUAUAGUUUCGGGUAUUGAUAUUAUAAAAUGUAUUAAAUUUGAUUUACAAAUCAUUGAUUUAGUUCCAAUCAUUUCAGUUGAUAAAUCGGAUGAAGGUCAAAUUUAUUUAAGUAAACAAUCAAUUGAAAAAGAAUGUCAAAUUUUUACGAGUUCAACAACUGCUUUAAAUAUUAAUGUUCCUGAAGAACAAAAUGAUUAUAAAGAAUUAAAUGUACCUGAACAAUUUGUAAGUAAAGUUGUAAAUGGUAAAUUGGUAAGUGAAAUGGUUGAACACGCUGGUUAG